UGCGUGCGCACGCUGUGGGAGGGGCAGAGGAGGCACUGCCAGAGCAGCGGAUCCGUGUGAACGGUUUCGCGUCUGACGCACCGGGGAUUGAAGUUACUUGAAAGCUGCCAGAAGAAAGAUGUCCGGAGACGACGAACAGCAAGAGCAGACCGUCGCUGAAGACUUGGUGGUCACCAAGUACAAAAUGGGUGGUGACAUCGCCAACCAGGCCUUGCGUGCAGUGGUGGAGGCGGCCAAAGUCGGCGUGUCUGUUCUGUCUCUCUGCGAGAAAGGCGACGCCCUCAUCGUGGCGGAAACGGGGAAGAUCUUCAAGAAGGAAAAAGAUAUGAAGAAAGGCAUUGCCUUCCCGACGAGUGUCUCAGUCAACAACUGCGUGUGCCAUUUCUCCCCUCUGAAGAGCGACCCUGACUACAUGCUGAAGGAGGGAGACCUGGUCAAAGUGGAUCUUGGAGUUCAUGUUGACGGCUUCAUCGCUAACGUGGCUCAUAGCUUUGUUGUUGGAGCAACCAAGGAGACCCCAGUGACCGGGCGGAAGGCUGACGUCAUCACGGCCGCUCACCUGUGUGCGGAGGCCGCCCUGCGUCUGGUCAAACCCGGAAACCAGAACACACAGGUGACCGAGGCCUGGAACAAGAUCGCCAAGUCAUACAAAUGCACAGCCAUCGAAGGAAUGCUGUCCCAUCAGCUGAAACAGCACGUCAUUGAUGGAGAGAAAACCAUCAUUCAGAACCCCACAGACCAGCAGCGGAAGGAUCACGAGAAGGCGGAGUUUGAGGUGCAUGAGGUGUAUGCAGUUGAUGUGUUGAUCAGCACUGGGGAGGGGAAGGCGAGGGACGGAGGCCAGAGGACUACCAUCUACAAGCGGGACCCCAGCAAGCAGUACGGCUUGAAGAUGAAAACCUCCCGCGUCUUCUUCAGUGAGGUGGAGAGACGCUUUGACACCAUGCCCUUUACUCUCAGAGCAUUCGAAGACGAGGGCAAGGCCCGUCUAGGUGUGGUGGAGUGCGCCAAGCAUGAGCUGCUGCAGCCCUUCAACGUCCUCCAUGAGAAGGAAGGCGAGCUGGUGGCCCAGUUCAAGUUCACCGUGCUCCUGAUGGCGAACGGUCCGAUGAGGAUAACCAGCGAACUGUUCCAGAACGAACUCUACAAAUCUGAACACGAAGUCCAGGACCCGGAGCUGAAGACCCUGCUACAGAGUUCAGCAAGCCGCAAGACACAGAAAAAGAAGAAAAAGAAGGCUUCCAAGACCGCCGAAAACGCGUCGGGACAGACUGCCGAGGAGAACGAGGCCGCCGAGUAGACGCUCCGGCUCUCUCCGCGCAGACCCGAAAUGCGGCGGACGUCCCGAAGAAGCGGGGCGUCGGAAGGAGGGGAAAAAAAUGCUCCGACCUGCCACCUCGCCAAGCCUGUUCACCCAGAAACCCCCCUCUCUCCCUCUCUGUUGCGUUCCAGUCUCCCAGUAUGGCCAGAACUGGACCGGGAUGAGGGUUUAAUGCCCUCAUUCCCCAGACCCUUUUGGAGAGGUCUGUUAAAACUCGCAAAAAAAAUUUUUUGUCACCCAAAUAAACUUCAUUGACUGUUUGAUUUGCUUGUACACAGGAAAUGUGACUCUGUUCAAAGGUACUGGCACUUCAUCUGCUCAUUUAUCACAGUAUUUGAAAAAGGAGGCCGAUUGGAAUGGUCUAGUCACAGGACCCCCAUUACCAUUGUUUACCACGUGUACAUUUACAGAUAAACACUUCAUGUUUUGUCUACUUUUCUGAAUUAUUACAAAUCCCUGUCUUUAGAAACUUGCCCACAUUUGGGUUUUAUGCAAUUAACUGACCAAAUAACCCUUAAAUGAUUUUGUAUUGUAUAUGUAUGAGGAAACAACGAAUAGAAGCACUAUUUCUUAAAGUAGUAAAUUGCUGCCACUUCCAGAAUGGAUCGCAUUUUUAAAAUUGGCUUCAAAUGCAAAUGUGCAGCUUUUGGAAACUAAAGUGGUAGUUUUGUGUGAACUGAAAAGUCACAGAGAGAACUUUACCUUGAAUAUUAUGGAAGAUUAAUUCCUGUGACCCCCUUCCUAUUGAAAUGAAAAAUGCAGAUGGUGGGCACUUGUCCCCUGAGGAAGUGUUUACAUCGACUCAGAUCAUUGCAGUGGGGAAACAGAGACUUUGUAUUUGAGUCCUGCUAUUGAGUCAGGACAUUAAAUCUUUCGCUUGAAAAGGAUUUUGCGCUUGUCCUCUGUGUCUGCCAUGCCAGUUUGAUACUCAUUACUUACUAGUCCUUUUAAUUAAUACUGCUUUUUCGGUUUUGCAGUCUUCCCAAAAUUAAACCAAUUUUUUAUAAUAUU